ACCCUGGCACAAACUCACCCUGGCCCCCAGUACCUCUGUCUCCCAGUGCCCGCCCGGCCGCCCCGUCCGCCCCGUCGGCAGAGUGCCCCUGGCCGGUGACCUGCCCUUCAACAAUUCGGCCCUCAUGACCUUUCCGGACCGAAGCGUGUGGUUUAUCCUGCACCAGCAGUGCAUCACCGCCUGGACUGGCACCUUUCACUUCCUCCACACGCCCACCGUCAACGCGUGGCUCGAGAGGGUCCAGAGAAAUGCUAGCGCCGGCUUUGAGCUCGGCGAGGCAUCGGCCACUCGAAAGCCGCCAUCGCACUCAUGACCAUGGCUCUAGGGUCCAUCGUCCCCGCCAAGGGCAUCGAACACAAAAAGUCUCACAAGUUCCCCGCGGCCUGGACUCUGCACAACGGGGACAACUUCUUCUCGUCUGCCCUCAACCUGACCGACUCGGACCCCGCCGAGCCGUCGCUAGAAUCCGUGCAGGCCCGCCUUCUCCAGUCUCUGUAUUUCCUGUCCACGUGUCGCUUCACCCAGGCCCGGUACACAUUCAGCAGCACCGUCCAGAUGAUUUUUGCCAUCGGGCUUCACCGUCGGCUCGGCAGAAACAGAGGCCUCGGCUCCAACGUCUUCUUCCGCCCCGACUAUGCAAGCAUUCAGUGCCAGAGGCGGACGUUUUGGUCUGCAGUUGUCCUUGACAGACAGCUCAGCAUGUUCUUCGGUCGGCCCGGCCACUUUACCGCCGACACCAUCGACCAGGACCUACCCGACUGCGUCAACGACGAGGAUAUGGGCAACGAAGGGCCCAUCCGCCCGUCACAGGGCGAUUGCUAUAUCGACGGCCUCGUCUCCUUCACCAAGAUACGAAGCGAGGUCUACGCAUUGCGAGACAUACCGGAAACCGUCAGGUUUGAUGUCGCCACGGAGCUCGCCAAGGAGCUCGACGACUGGAAGGUCCAUGUGCCUGGCAUCUUGAACACGUACAAGCCUUCGAUGCUGCACACCAUAUUCCGCCGACAGGCCACCCUGCUUGGCUUGGCACACUGCCACGCCCAGAUCCUCCUCCGCCGCCCCUUUCUCACAGCGCCGUAUCCCAAGGAUGACAAGGCGCAGAAGAUCCGCGAUCCCCAGAUACGGACCUGCAUCGUCGCCUGCCGGGAUUCUCUCCAGCAAAUCAUUGGGCUCGCUCGUGAUUUGGAUAGCGUCUAGUUCUAGUCUCUGUGAGCUUGCUGAGAAGCCCAUCAAAAUGCUCACCGAAGACACGAACCAGCAUUCCUCGGGUCGCAAGUGGGCCGUGAUCCUGCAGAAGCUGAGAGCCGAGACCGAGCGGCAGGUCACCGUAGUUCGAGAAGGGAGCCUUGCGGCCAUGGUUGGCGG